UUGCAGUAUAGAGGAAGUCUGCCUUGCGGUUUUAUUUUUGACAGAUAAAACCGGAAGUGUAGUUGGUGUAGCUUGUUGUAAUUGACGCUGGUACUGAAAUGAGCAGGAUGUAGCGGUACAUGUAUCGGGCUCGCUUCACAUCAAUCCAGCCAUCAGAGGUCCGUCUCUCUUUUUAUGUCGACGCGGUAAGUCGGGCUUGGGGGAUGGGUGUUGUAAGGAUUGUCAGCAGAGACGACUAACGUUUGAAAAAUGUCCAACAUCCUCGAUGCGGCGUCCAAAGUGAGAUGGGACCGCACAGCUGCGGCGAAGCGAGCCGUGUUUCUUGCGGCGGCUGCUUACGGUGUCAAGACACUGUACCCCAUCAUCUGCAAGCAGCUGAGCAAAAACAAAGAUCCCAGUAACAACCGCCGGGUUUCAAAGGCGGAGAACGGCGCCACUUGUUCGGGGAAAACGCAAAUAGAUGCCCUGGAUCACAGGAAGCCAUCCCCGGGGGUAAAUGCAGAAUUUUUCAAGCAGAUCCUCGAACUUGGUAAAAUCCUCUUCCCCAGGCUUGUCUCCAAAGAGCUCGGUUUGCUCUCUUUGCACUCGGUGGCGCUGAUAUCCAGGACGUUUUUGUCUAUAUACGUGGCGAGCCUGGACGGCAAGAUUGUCAAAACGAUCGUGGAAAAGAAACCCAAGAGCUUCAUCAUCCAGCUGAUCAAAUGGCUCCUCAUUGCCAUCCCGGCCACGUUCGUCAACAGCGCCAUCCGGUACCUGGAGUGCAAACUGGCUCUGGCCUUCCGCACCCGGCUGGUGAACCAUGCCUACCGGACCUACUUCACCGAUCAGACCUAUUACAAAGUUAGCAACAUGGACGGGAGACUCGCCAACCCGGACCAGUCCCUCACUGAGGACGUCAUGAUGUUUUCCCAGUCGGUGGCGCAUCUCUAUUCUAACCUCACCAAGCCUAUACUGGAUGUGGUGCUGACCUCCUACACGCUGAUCCAGACCGCCAGGUCCAGGGGGGCCAACGCCAGCGGACCGACCCUGCUGGCCGGGCUGGUGGUCUUUGCCACGGCCAAGGUCCUGCGUGCCUGCUCGCCCAGGUUUGGGAAGCUGGUGGCCGAGGAGGCUCACAGGAAGGGCUACCUGCGCUAUGUGCACUCCAGGAUCAUUGCAAAUGCUGAGGAAAUAGCUUUCUACAGGGGACAUAAGGUGGAGAUGCGUCAGCUGCAGAAGUGCUACCGUGCUCUAGCGGACCAGAUGAAUCUGAUCCUGUCCAAGCGUCUGUGGUACAUCAUGAUCGAGCAGUUCCUCAUGAAGUACGUGUGGAGCAGCAGCGGGCUCGUCAUGGUGGCCGUGCCGAUCAUCACAGCCACCGGCUUCGCAGACAACGAAACAGCCGAUGGUCAGACGCAGGUGAUGGUGAGUGAGAGGACGGAGGCUUUCACCACCGCCCGUAACCUCCUGGCCUCAGGAGCGGACGCCAUCGAGAGGAUCAUGUCCUCCUACAAAGAGGUCACAGAGUUGGCAGGCUACACUGCACGUGUCCACAACAUGUUCGAGGUGUUCGAGGACGUCCAGAGGGGUGUUUACAAGCGCUCCUCUCUGUCAGCCACAACAGGAACAGAGAAGAAGAGCAAGCCUGAGAUGCACAUAGAUGGACCGCUGGAGAUCAAGGGUGAAGUGAUUGAUGUGGACAAAGGCAUUGUGUGUGAAAAUGUACCAAUUAUCACGCCCAGUGGGGAUGUAGUUGUGUCUUGCUUGAAUUUUAAGGUAGAGGAGGGCAUGCAUCUAUUGAUCACGGGGCCUAACGGCUGUGGGAAAAGCUCUCUGUUCAGGAUCCUCAGCGGCCUGUGGCCUGUUUACGGCGGCCGACUGCACAAACCCUCCCCUCAGCAUAUGUUCUACAUCCCUCAGAGGCCCUAUAUGUCCAUGGGUUCACUGAGGGAUCAGGUGAUCUACCCAGACUCUGUGGAGGACAUGGCUGCCAGAGGCGUGAGUGACAAGGACCUGGAGGCCAUCUUGGACAUCGUCAACCUCAACCAUAUUGUCACCAGAGAGGGAGGCUGGGACGCUGAGCUGGACUGGAAGGAUGUGCUGUCAGGAGGCGAGAAGCAGAGGAUGGGCAUGGCUCGCAUGUUUUACCACAAGCCUAAAUAUGCCCUGUUGGAUGAGUGCACCAGUGCUGUGAGCAUUGACGUAGAGGGAAAGAUUUUCCAGGCUGCCAAGGACGCCGGCAUCUCCCUGCUCUCCAUCACACACAGACCGUCCCUGUGGAAGUACCACACCCACCUGCUGCAGUUCGACGGGGAGGGAGGCUGGCGCUUCGAGCAGCUGGACACGGCGACGCGCCUCUCCCUCACCGAGGAGAAGCAGCGGCUGGAGGCCCAGCUGGCCGGCAUUCCCGAGAUGCAGCAUCGCCUCAACGAGCUGUGCAAGAUCCUGGGAGACGACUCUGUCCUCAAAACAGCCGAGGAGUGAGAGGGGGAGAGAGAGAGGGGAGGGAGGGAUGAAGAGGCCCCGAGGGGAAAAAGAGACAAGAGGGAGAAGAAGAAGAGAAGAAGCGAGGGGGAGGAGGAGGAGGAGGAGGGAGAUGGAGAGGCAAUGAAAAAAAAAGAAGUCUGGCGGGGGUUUGUUAGUAUUUUUUUCAGGUUUCGAUUUUUUUUUUUUUUUUAACUUGUUUAGAUCUUUUUUCCUUUUGCUCCGAGCCUGGUCCGUCAAAGCAGGACAGCUUUUAAUGCCAACUAGUCUUUCAGCUCUCCUUUCCCCUCUCCCUCUCCUUUUAAUCUUUCCUUUACCCUGCUCCAGUGGGAGAAGUGAAGGGGGAGAAUGAAGUGGAUUCACAAGUAUUACCCCCCCCCCCCCCCCCCCCCCCAUGUGACGCACAUGGACUGCAUUCUCAGUUGUAGAUUUUAAAUGUUUGGUUUUAGCGUUUGCCACAGUUCAGAGUGGCGGAGCUGAUAAAUCGAAAUUUACCAGGAUAGUUCAUUUGUUUGUUUUAUAGCACUUUACUCUGCUUUUAGAGGGCUGUUUCUGUUUGUUGUGGUAGCUGACAGUCAAAUAAGGUGCAUUUUAGCUGGAAAACUUUUAAUAUAGAACCAUGAAAAUGAUGUCCGAAGCAGUAUUCCAUGCCCAGUACUCCGGGUUCUGCAGGAUCCAUGCUUGUUUUUACCUCCACAAUUCCGCCGUAGAUUUUAGUUUUUACCGACCUUAAUGUGACCUCUUUGUUUGGAAAGGUCAAAAGAGACUAUUUUUCAAAACGUCACAAUAUGCCUUUGCAUGGUUUGUGUAUAUAACCUCUGUACAAUCCCUUUCCUUAUACCUCAUCCGGGCCCUUGGUAGGUUAUUGCAGACCCCUGAACCUCUGGCACUGGCUCAGUUGCAGACUCACACGAGGCUAGCAAAGAAAAAGAGCCAAUCAGAGGUCUAUUAUUAGAGCAAUUAGUGACGCGGGUCUGACUCCAAAACUAUAGGUUUCUGGUGUGUUUAACAAAUACAAAGAGCUAAAGAGGCCCUCUUCAGAGGAAGAGGAGCAAGGGGUGAAGCUGGUUGUCUGUUCUGUCUGUGAACAGUCACACAUGUAAAACACACACUGCACAUGGGCAAACAGGUAGCCAUUCAGACAAUGUAGCUGUUAGAUACACGCACACACACUGGCCACCUGUCGAAGCUCUCCCUCCACCCGUGUCUGACACAGAACACACUCUGGCUUUGUCAGCAGUGCCGCUCGUGCUCUGUGAGCCUGUUUAGAUGCAUGAUGGUACUGGACAACGGGCUGAUACACUAUGCCAAUCAACAGCUUACGCAGUGAAAGGAGACUUCAUAUAAACCUGAUAAUGAUGGAAGAAUUACUUUAUUUCUCACCUCUCUACAAUGGAGGCUGAUGUUCCUUUAAUAUCAUAAAGUGUAUGUUUACAUGCACGUAAACAUCCCAGAUUAUAUUCCACAUAUUGUUAUGUUAUAAUAUAUGAGACCUUAUUGGGUUAUUCCUAAUUUGCAUAUUUCACAAUUGGGCUUAUAUACAGGAGUAGAGAUGUUAGGGGCGUGUUUAUAGAGUGAAGACUUUGGAGCUCCUUUCACUUUUGGCUCAAAGACACUUCAGCAAAGUUGUUUCCCUCUUGACCAAUGACCGUCAUGAGGCAGCAUUGGUUUUUCUAGUUGCUGUCAAAGUUAGAUUUUAUUUCCUCAUUUAGCCUCCAUGUUUGUUACCAGCAACUUACCUGAAGCUGUGAUACUGUGAAAUGCGUGAUUAACAUCAUUUUUGUUCUAGUGAAAAACACUGUGUUCUCAUGUGGUGGUUCUAAGCUGUGGCAGCAGCUGCUUGUGUUUAUAGGUUUGUUUGUUUUUGUUUGUUUUGUGCUUCAGAUCUGUGUACGUGCUCACUGUUUCCUGCACAGAGAGGCUGAGGAUCAGUAGACUAGGCUGAUUUUUGCCCCUCAGAUUGUACUGAGUUUAAAUGGGAUGGGAGACCAUAUGUUCCAUUGUGCCAUUCAUUUAUAGUCCUCAGAUUUCACCAUAGAAACAGGGAGUUUUAUAUGUGGUUCCAUUCAUCCUGGGCCUAAAGCUGCCGGAGUAGAAGUCUCUUUUAUGCUGUGUGACACUAGAGGUCUUACUUGGUUCACCUUUAAUUUCAUAUUUCCUCUGUGAAAUUCAUUUACACAUGUUGCACCACAUUAGAAACAUGGCUAUAGUGAAAUCUGUAUGCAUUUGUAUGAAUGGCCCAGAUGUUUGCACAAACAGGGGAAACACAGGACUUGUUUUUCUUAUUCUCACACUGUUCUGAAAACAGGACUCAAUCCAAGUCACUUCCCAGCCUGAGUGACUAGCACAGUGUAAUAAUACUAAGUCAUCUCACUGGUUAACGUACCACUGGUUUGUUAACAUGGACGCCGACACCGCCCUGUCGGAAGAGAAUGGACAAUCAGUCACAUCAUCAGCAGAAUACAGACGAGUGUAUCUGAGACAACACCAUGGUUUGUUAUCACCAUUCAAAGAAAGAGGGUGAAUGAGUACUAAUUUUAGGUAAACAACUACACCUGCAUUAUCUAAUUUGAUAUGGAGCUUACAACGCGUGUUGUUUCCUAUGCAUGUUAAAGUUUAAUGACUCCCUCAGGCCUUUUGUGAACCUGAGCUCUGACUGCGUCCAAGAUGUCUAAAAGUGCCACGUCUUUGAAACCUUUGAAACCUCCUCUUUUGGCUUUUGGUGGACAGUUCAAGAAAACAAAAAAAAAAAAAGAUUUUAGACCAUUUGAAUGCAGCCGUGGUCUGCUCAGGGUGAUGGCUGCCAGGUUACCUAAGGACAAACUUAGAUUUUGCCCCCCCCCUCCCCCCAAAUGUGAAAAAGAAAAA